AUGGCUGCCACGGCAAGCUCAUCAUACGUCGCUCUAGCCAAGACGCUACACCCGCGGCUUCUUCGAUUCUUUAGAAGAUGGCCACCCGGUACGGCUGAGGCACCGAAACUGAACCCGUUCACGAGCACCGUCAACCCGGCUACUGGAAAAUGGCAGGAUCCAAUUUUUUCGCUCCGACGUCAGGCCGAUAUUUGCAAAUUAGCGAGAAAAUUUGGAGUAGAGGAGCUAUUGCCGCCUACGCCUAAGAGCUCGAUGAGCCGAGAGAAGAGGGCAUCCGAAGUGAAGAAGGUGACGGCGAAGAAGGUCAAGGGUCAGAUCUGGGAGAGAACAUUGAUGGAGAAGGUCAACAAGCGGAAGAAGGCAAUGUUGAAUAUGCCGGCCAUGAUCAAGGAAUGGAAGCUGAAAGGACAUGGUCGUGGAUGGAAGGAAUGGCCAAAAUAA